AUGGGAAAGAUCUCCCUGGGAGGUGGUAUUUUAUAUUCGGGACGGUUUCUGAGGGAAUUAUUUUCACCAUCUCAGAAAUACCAGCUCCUUGUAUAUCAUGCAGACUCUCUCUUCCAUGACAAAGAGUAUAGAAAUGCUGUAAGUAAGUAUACAAUGGCCUUGCAGCAGAAAAAAGCAUUAAGUAAAACUUCAAAAGUAAGACCUUCUACUGGGAAUGCUGCAUCAACUCCCCAAAGCCAGUGUUUGCCAUCUGAAAUUGAAGUGAAAUAUAAAAUGGCUGAGUGUUAUACAAUGCUGAAGCAAGACAAAGAUGCUAUUGCUAUUCUUGAUGGGAUUCCUUCCAGACAGAGGACCCCAAAGAUCAAUAUGAUGUUGGCAAAUCUGUACAAAAAAGCAGGUCAAGAACGCUCAUCUGUUACAAGCUAUAAAGAAGUACUGAGACAGUGCCCUUUAGCGCUUGAUGCCAUUCUAGGCUUGCUCUCGCUCUCAGUGAAAGGUGCAGAAGUCGCGUCUAUGACAAUGAAUGUAAUUCAGAGUAUUCCUAACUUGGAUUGGCUUUCAGUGUGGAUCAAGGCAUAUGCUUUCGUACACACUGGAGAUAACACUAGAGCAAUCAAUACCAUUUGCUCUUUAGAGAAAAAGUCGUUACUGAGGGAUAAUGUAGACUUACUGGGGAGCUUAGCAGACCUGUACUUCAGAGCCGGAGAUAAUAAAAACUCCAUUCUAAAGUUUGAACAAGCACAAAUGCUGGAUCCUUACCUAAUAAAAGGAAUGGAUGUAUAUGGUUAUUUAUUGGCUCGUGAAGGUCGACUAGAGGAUGUAGAGAACUUGGGCUGCCGUCUCUUCAAUAUUUCUGAUCAACAUGCAGAACCCUGGGUGGUAUCUGGGUGUCAUAGUUUCUACAGUAAACGGUACUCCCGUGCCUUAUAUUUAGGAGCCAAAGCUAUUCAACUUAAUAGUAAUAGCGUUCAAGCUCUGCUACUGAAAGGAGCUGCUCUUAGGAAUAUGGGUCGAGUACAGGAAGCAAUUAUACACUUCCGUGAAGCAAUACGUCUUGCACCUUGCAGGCUGGAUUGCUAUGAAGGUCUCAUCGAAUGUUAUUUAGCAUCUAACAGUAUCCGCGAAGCUAUGGUUAUGGCAAAUAAUGUGUAUAAAACUCUGGGAGCAAACGCACAGACGCUCACUCUGCUAGCAACAGUCUGUCUUGAAGACCCAGUCACACAGGAAAAAGCAAAAACGUUAUUGGACAAAGCACUGACACAAAGACCAGAUUACAUUAAAGCCGUGGUAAAGAAAGCAGAACUUCUUAGUAGAGAACAAAAGUAUGAAGAUGGAAUUGCUUUGCUGAGGAACGCACUGGCUAAUCAGAGUGAUUGUGUUCUGCAUCGAAUACUGGGAGACUUUCUUGUAGCUGUCAAUGAAUAUCAGGAAGCAAUGGACCAGUACAGCAUUGCUCUAAGUUUGGAUCCAAAUGAUCAGAAGUCAUUAGAAGGAAUGCAGAAAAUGGAAAAAGAGGAAAGUCCAACAGAUGCAACCCAGGAAGAAGACGUGGAUGAUAUGGAGGGAAGUGGAGAAGAGGGGGACUUGGAAGGCAGUGAUAGCGAGGCAGCUCAGUGGGCAGAUCAAGAACAGUGGUUUGGCAUGCAGUAAAGGAUUCUCUUACUGAUGCUUGUUUUGGCACUUGGACGUACCGUUAGGGCCAUUCUUCUUUGAAGAAUAUCAAGUACAAUUUUGUAAUAACAAAAGACUUUUUUUUUUUCUUAAUGGACUUUGAAACCAUUUAAUAGUUCUACGCAUCUCAAUGCCAUGAGGAUUCUUGAUGCUUCUUAUUUAUUAAGUGUAAGGGACUAACUAUGUUAGAGGUUAUUUGCCACGUGUUUAAAAAAAACUGUGCUAAAACUAAAAGCGUUAGAAUCUAAAAUGUUUAAUAAGCCUAUUGUUAAUGAUGAAAACAGUGCCGAAAUUGUGUUCGGGGCUAAGUGUGCUUGAUCCAUAUGUAAAUACAGUGGUUUGUAUUCCUUUGUGAAAAAGGUCUUACUCUUCUGUUUGUAUGCUACCGUUUGGGCGCACACUCAAACUCCUGUUGAAGUCUGGAGGAGUUGCUGGGGUGUAGCUGAAAGCAGCACUUUUCUCUUGCUGUGUUCAUUGAAUUAAUUUUUCUUUUUAUACAGCAUUACAUGUGGUGUAAAGGAAAAGCUUGGUACCCUAGGCAUCUCUGACUUAAAGGACACUUUUGUAGCUGGAUGAUUUGUUGUAACAGUGCUGAAGAAUUACAGUAAUUUCCCCAAUCCUUACUAAAACCUGUAAUCACUUCAAGCUUCUACGUCAACGUUUCUUCCCAAAUGCAAUUUAGUUUUAUUUCAGUAUGUUACUAAAAGGUUUUACAACAGUGACUCAAAGCACUUUGCGUUCUAUACAGCAUUGACAGUGAUAUAAGAACAACACAUCCAUUCUCACUUGCGUUGCUGUAGAAAUGUUAAAUUAUUGAAAUACAUAUGGUAUUGGUUUUGCCAUGUUUUAUACACUUCAUGUUUUUGUCGGAUAACAUUUGAAUUCAUCUCUUGAAGCAAAGAUGCAUUGCUUCAGGUAUGAAUUCUCAACGUCAGCUCUUCAAGGAACUUCAAACUUGAAACUUUUCUGUGGCAUACAGAAACCAUUUCAGUUCUUUUGGCCUCAUUUAUAGGAGGAGGAAUUAGUUCUAGCUCUUACUUUUUCCUGACCUUUUACUAAAACACUUCUUUUACCUUUAUAGUGGCAAUUUAUUUCCUAAUGUAUUUAUAUUGUUGUCAUAGAUACACUGGAGCAGACAGGCUAUAUUUUAAGGCUAAAUACAGUUUUAAUAUCGGCUGAAGGAGAGAUUCAUAUUUUGUACCAAUACAUGACACAUGGAAAACAAGCUUCCCCUUAACUGUAGAUAGAUGACACAGAUAAGGGUAAAGUAUAUCUGCCUCUGUGAUACACAUUAUAUGAAUUAGAAAAAUGCACAAUAAAAACAGGCACAUGAGUUUUAUUGUAGUCUAUUUUGGAAAUAUUCCAGCAUGUCAUACCUUACAAAGAAGGAGACUAAAUAGUUCGUUCAUUCACACACAUGCGCACACACGCACACACAAGGAAGGAAGGAGUGAGCUGGUGUCUGUUCUCUUUGGGAUUUUAGACUUUCCCUAAUAUCAGUUUGAAUUACGCUUAUUUGAAGACUGUAUGGUACAGAAGAGCAUGUGCUGCAGUCUUGGUGGUUGAAUUAAUAUAAGCUGUGACUAGUAUUUCAUUAAGUAUACACAAUGGCUAUAUUUCAGUUAGAGCACACAUUUUGUUAAUUGCAUUCAGGUAUAUGAGAAGCCUGAUCCAGUUAUGAAAAAUUUAGCUGUAUGUACCGUUGCUGUGUGACACAGUGAAUAGAUUUCAGCUCACUGCAUGUCUUUGGAAACGGAGAGAAGGAUCAUGCGUGUACAAGCAAAUUCAAAAUACCUUUUUCUGUAAACUGCCUUGUUUUCUGCUCACAUUUGACCAUUCAUCAAAUUAUAUUCUGCUUCCGAAAAUUAGGAAGGUUCAUUAGCUUCUCUAGUUGUAUAGUCCACAUCCAUUGUGGAAAUACUAAGUUUUUAAUGUUACUAAACUAAAGAAGGGCAGCGUGUUUAAGGUUUGAUGAGAGAAGUGUAUGAGAUGAGGUAUGUACUGUUAACUGCUCAGCAAUCUUACUUUGAUGAUUCCUUUACAUAGGUCAUUAAUCAGAGCUACCGUCACAGCUGGAAACCGCUAGCCUUAUGUAUUUUUCUGAAACAGUAUU